AACAAAAGAAGAAAAAAUAAAAGUUUAUCGGUAACAAAACUCUCCCUCCAUUUCGACCCUUCACCUCUGAAAGACCGAAACCAGAAAGCUCUUUCCGUUCUCCGCAAAGACCUUUCUGGGUUUUCCGUCAACAAAAUCAAUGGCCUCCUCCGUCCACCACCUCCUCCUCAUCAUCAACCUCCUCAUAAUCCCAACCACAUUAUUAUCCCAAUCCAUCAUCCAAAUGCCUCCGAGACGACACCGCAUCACGGACGACAACCUCUACUGCGACAGCUGGCGAUUCUCCGUCGAGACCAACGACGCCGGAACCUGGACCAGCAUUCCGUCUCGGUGCGUCGCCUUCGUCCAGGACUACAUGACCGGCGACCGGUACCUGUCCGACUCGGCAGCCGUCGCGAAUUACUCGCUGAGCUUCGCUCGGGGGGUUCAGAUCGGAAGAGAUGGUAAGGACGCUUGGGUCUUCGACAUCGAUGAGACUCUGCUCUCCAAUUUGCCCUACUAUCAGGCGCAUGGAUUCGGAUCAGUGACCUUCGAUGAAGCAUCUUUUGAUGAGUGGGUGGAUUUGGCUGAGGCCCCUGCUCUCCCAGCUAGUUUGAAAUUAUACAAGGAGCUUAAGAAAUUGGGUUUCAAGAUUUUUCUGUUAACUGGGCGGAGUGAACAUCAGAGAAAUGCCACAGCGAAAAACCUUCUAUAUGCAGGUUACAACAAUUGGGAGAGGCUGCUACUGAGAGGACCUUCUGAUCAAGGAACAACGGCCACUGUCUACAAAUCCGAGAAGAGAUCAGAUUUGAUAAACGAAGGUUAUCGAAUUCACGGGAGCUCGGGAGAUCAAUGGAGUGAUUUGUUGGGUUUUGCAGUGGCCCAACGAUCCUUUAAACUUCCAAAUCCAAUGUAUUACAUUGCCUAGCAAAAUUGUGUGUAACAUAAUCACGUUGUUGUAUUAUUUUACCCCUUAUGUUCAGUGGCCGCCAUGAUAUUCAUAAUUGGUUGCCAAUGCCAUUAGUUCCUUUGGUUAAUUUCCAGCUGGAGAGACGCCUUGUAUU